GCGCCGCCAUGCCCGGCCCGGCCGCCGGCAGCCGGGCGCGGGUGUACGCGGAGGUGAACAGCCUGAGGAGCCGCGAGUACUGGGACUACGAGUCGCACGUCCCGAGCUGGGGCAAUCAGGACGACUACCAGCUGGUCCGAAAGCUCGGCCGAGGGAAGUACAGCGAGGUCUUUGAGGCCAUCAACAUCACCAACAACGAGAGGGUCGUCGUGAAGAUCCUCAAGCCAGUGAAGAAAAAGAAGAUAAAACGCGAGGUUAAGAUUCUGGAGAAUCUACGUGGUGGCACCAACAUCAUUAAUCUGAUUGACACUGUCAAGGAUCCAGUGUCAAAGACCCCUGCUCUGGUGUUUGAGUACAUCAAUAACACAGAUUUUAAGGUGAGUUUGCUUGAGUGUGGAGGAGGGAGGCUUCCCAUUUCUGUUAAGAGUGCUGUGAUUGCCAGAUAACCCUCAAGAGCUGUGGGGAGAGUUUGGAGUUUUCACCUAUGUCAGCUUCACUUUGUUUUCUCCAUGUAAAUCAGAAACCUGUUACUGGGCUCUAGAUUGAAAGGAAUAAAAAGUUUGUGUGCUGCAUCUUCUCCCAGCUCUGAGGAGUAAGUUCAACAGGUUAGAUAUUCUUACUCCCCUCUCAAUUUAGUAAUCACUGCUGUGUUAUAUAUUCAGCCCAAGUUAAUCCCUGUGCUGUGGUGCUCUGCUUACAGCAGUGCAGUUGAUGGAGCAGGUGACACCAAUUUUU